GGAAGUGAGGUGUCUUACCCCCAAGUUCCGGUUCGCAGGGGGUGGGGAGUGCUGUUAACCGGAGCGGUCGCCGCAGUCGCGGGGAUUGAGCGGGCUCGCGGCGCUAGGCUCCUGGUCUCUGGACCAGGGCAAUGUUCCGCACCGCAGUGAUGAUGGCGGCCAGCCUAGCGCUGACAGGGGCAGUGGUUGCUCAUGCCUACUACCUCAAACACCAGUUUUACCCCACUGUGGUGUACUUGACCAAGUCCAGCCCCAGCAUGGCUGUCCUGUACAUCCAGGCCUUUGUCCUUGUCUUCCUCCUGGGCAAGGUGAUGGGCAAGGUGUUCUUUGGGCAACUGAGAGCAGCAGAGAUGGAGCACCUCUUGGAACGUUCCUGGUAUGCUGUCACUGAAACUUGUCUGGCCUUCACUGUUUUCCGGGAUGACUUCAGCCCCCGCUUUGUUGCCCUCUUUACUCUCCUCCUCUUCCUCAAGUGUUUCCACUGGCUGGCUGAGGACCGUGUGGACUUUAUGGAACGCAGCCCUAAUAUCUCCUGGCUCUUUCACUGCCGCAUUGUCUCCCUUAUGUUUCUUCUGGGUAUCCUGGACUUCCUCUUCGUCAGCCAUGCCUAUCACAGCAUCCUGACUCGUGGGGCUUCUGUGCAGCUGGUGUUUGGUUUUGAGUAUGCCAUCCUGAUGACAAUGGUGCUCACCAUCUUCAUCAAGUAUGUGCUACACUCAGUGGACCUUCAGAGUGAGAACCCCUGGGACAAUAAGGCCGUGUACAUGCUCUAUACAGAGCUGUUUACAGGCUUCAUCAAGGUUUUGCUGUACAUGGCCUUCAUGACCAUCAUGAUCAAGGUGCACACCUUCCCACUCUUUGCUAUCCGGCCCAUGUACCUGGCCAUGAGACAGUUCAAGAAAGCUGUGACAGAUGCCAUUAUGUCUCGCCGAGCCAUCCGCAACAUGAACACACUGUAUCCAGAUGCCACCCCAGAGGAACUCCAGGCAAUGGACAAUGUCUGUAUCAUCUGCCGAGAAGAGAUGGUGACUGGUGCCAAGAGACUGCCCUGCAACCACAUUUUCCAUACCAGCUGCCUGCGUUCCUGGUUCCAGCGCCAGCAGACCUGCCCCACCUGCCGUAUGGAUGUUCUACGGGCAUCGCUACCAACCCAGUCACCACCGCCCCCAGAGCCUGCAGAUCAGGGGCCGCCCCCUGCCCCCCACCCCCCACCUCUCCUGCCCCAGCCCCCUAACUUCCCCCAGGGUCUCCUGCCUCCUUUUCCUCCAGGCAUGUUCCCACUGUGGCCUCCCAUGGGCCCUUUUCCACCUGUGCCGCCUCCCCCCAGCUCAGGAGAGGCUGCAGCCCCUCCAUCUACUAGUGCAGCAGCCCUUUCUCGGCCCAGUGGAGCAGCCACAACUACAGCUGCUGGCACGACUGCCUCUGCCCCGGCACCUGGCUCUGGCUCCCCCCCAGAGGCUGGCCCUGCCCCAAGCUUCCCCUUCCCUCCUCCCUGGAUGGGUAUGCCCCUGCCGCCACCCUUUGCCUUCCCCCCAAUGCCUGUGCCCCCAGCGGGCUUUGCCGGGCUAACCCCAGAGGAGCUUCGAGCUCUGGAGGGCCACGAGCGGCAGCACCUGGAGGCCCGGCUGCAAAGCCUGCGCAACAUCCACACACUGCUGGACGCCGCCAUGCUGCAAAUCAACCAGUACCUCACUGUGCUGGCCUCCCUGGGGCCUCCACGCCCUGCCACUUUAGUCAACCCGACUGAGGAGACUGCUCCCCCAGUUGUCACUGCUGCCUCCACCAGCAUCCCGACCUCCGAAGCCACCACCCCAUCCCCAGGAGCCUCCCCACCAGCCCCUGAAACUGAAAAGCCUCCAGCUCCUGAGUCAGUGGGCACCGAGGAGCUACCCGAGGAUGGAGAGCCUGAUGCUGCAGAGCUGCGCCGCCGCCGCCUGCAGAAGUUAGAGUCUCCUGUUGCCCACUGACACUGCCCAGUCCCAGCCCUUGCCCUCGCUCUCUUGAGCAGCACUCGCUGGAACACGUCCUGCCACCAAGUGCCAGCUCCCUUUAUCUGUACCAGGGAGUAGUAACCCCCAGCUCUGAGGAAGAGGAGGUGGCAUCCCUUAGGCCAAGUGCAAAGAGGCCCAGAGUUCCCAGUUGGCUCUAGCCCUCAGAAUCCCUGGCAGCCAUGGGGCUCUUGAGGGGUCAGUUCCAGCCUUCUCCAAUUCUUCAGCUCUGUGUUCUGCUGGGGCCCAGCUGGGGCCGUGAGAGCAGGAAGUUGAGCCUUUGAGACGCCCUCUUCCCCUGACUCCUUUCUGGGAAAAGGGGUAGUCCCUCUGAUCCCUGCUUGUGUGUGCAGAGUCACACUGCAGUGCCAAACAGUAUUAGCUUCUGUUCUCAAGUAUAGGCUGAAGAGGGGCUGGAGGCAGGCCAGGAACUUGCUCCCUGGCCUACUGACCAAGACAGGUACCAAUUUCCUUUUAUUACCCUAAUCUCCCCAGAAGCCCCUUGUGGUGGUGGCUGUGCCCCCUAUGCCCUAUGGCAUUUCCAUGUCUUACUGGCAACCACACAACUCAGGGAAAGGAGUGCCUGGGGGGUUGGGGGGCAGGCGGGCAGCACUGAGGGACCCUGCCCCUCCCCCAGGCUCCUUUCCCCUGCGGCUUCUCUCAGGUGAGACUGACCCAUCUCACCCAGCAGCCACUGCCCAGCCACACUCCAGGCUGUAGGCUAGUGUGCCUGCUCCUUAACCACUGCAGACCCCAGAGCCCAAGGAAAGCCACUUCUCCACUUGCAGAUCUUUUCUUGAGUUUAGAAUUGGAAUUCCUCACUAGUGUCUUUUGGCUUAAAUUUUGUCUUUUGAAUUUGAAUGCUUAACUCCCGGAAGGAGGAGCAGAAGUGCCAGGCUCCUGAUCCUUCCAGUUUAGAAAAGGCUCUGGGCUGGGGAGGAACCACAGGAGCCAAGGCCUGCCUGCCCACCCCAGUCUUCCCCUCCCCCUCAGUUUUGUGUUACAAGAGUUGCUGGAGACAGUUUCAGAUGAUUAUUUAAUUUGUAAAUAUUGUACAAAUUUUAAUAGCUUAAAUAAAUUGUAUAUACGGCCAAAUAAAAACUUGCAUUAACA